AUUCCGCCGCGGUUGCCGCCGCCGCCGCCCGGCCCCGCAGUUGUCUUUGCUGGAGCUGCCGUCGUGCUGUGGGGUGAGGGCGGGGGGGCGGGACGGGUGGGGAGCGGAGAAGGCCGCGGCGGCCGGAGCAGGUGACAGAGGAGGAAGGAAGCGGCGGCGGCGCGGCGAGCGCAGCGGCGGCGGCCCGGUUCCUGGGAGUGUCGGUGCGGCGUGGUGGUUGGGGCGGAUCCCGCGGGGCCCGGGCGGGGGAAGGAGUCACCGGCCCCGGCCAUGGCGGACAACGAGAAACUGGACAACCAACGGCUCAAGAAUUUCAAGAACAAAGGCCGCGACUUGGAGACUAUGAGAAGACAACGAAAUGAAGUUGUAGUUGAAUUAAGGAAGAAUAAAAGAGAUGAACAUCUCUUAAAGAGGAGGAAUGUACCACAUGAAGAUAUCUGUGAAGACUCUGAUAUAGAUGGUGAUUAUAGAGUGCAAAAUACCUCUCUAGAAGCUAUUGUUCAAAAUGCUUCAAGUGAUAACCAAGGAAUUCAAUUAAGUGCAGUUCAAGCUGCUAGGAAGCUUUUGUCCAGUGAUCGAAAUCCACCAAUUGAUGACUUAAUAAAAUCUGGAAUAUUGCCUAUUUUAGUCCAUUGUCUUGAAAGAGAUGACAAUCCUUCUUUACAGUUUGAAGCUGCAUGGGCUUUGACAAAUAUUGCAUCUGGAACCUCUGAACAAACUCAAGCAGUAGUUCAAUCCAAUGCUGUGCCACUUUUCCUAAGGCUUCUUCAUUCACCCCAUCAAAAUGUCUGUGAGCAAGCAGUGUGGGCAUUGGGAAAUAUCAUAGGUGAUGGGCCACAGUGUAGAGAUUAUGUCAUAAGUCUUGGAGUUGUGAAACCUUUACUUUCCUUCAUAAGUCCAUCUAUUCCUAUAACAUUCUUAAGAAAUGUUACUUGGGUUAUGGUCAACUUAUGUCGGCACAAAGACCCACCACCCCCAAUGGAAACCAUUCAGGAGAUUCUUCCAGCUCUUUGUGUUUUAAUUCAUCACACAGAUGUAAAUAUACUGGUAGAUACGGUCUGGGCCCUCUCUUACCUUACUGAUGCUGGCAAUGAACAGAUACAGAUGGUAAUAGACUCUGGAAUAGUCCCUCAUUUGGUUCCUCUGCUCAGCCACCAGGAAGUGAAAGUUCAGACUGCUGCACUUCGAGCUGUGGGCAACAUUGUUACUGGAACUGAUGAGCAAACACAAGUAGUUUUGAACUGUGAUGCUCUGUCACAUUUCCCAGCACUCCUGACACAUCCCAAAGAGAAAAUUAAUAAAGAAGCAGUGUGGUUCCUCUCUAACAUCACGGCAGGAAAUCAGCAGCAGGUUCAGGCAGUAAUUGACGCCAAUCUUGUCCCAAUGAUAAUACACCUUUUGGAUAAGGGGGAUUUUGGCACUCAGAAAGAAGCUGCUUGGGCCAUAAGUAACUUAACAAUUAGUGGAAGGAAAGAUCAGGUGGCAUGCCUAAUUCAACAAAAUGUUAUUCCACCUUUUUGCAACUUGCUGACUGUAAAAGAUGCACAAGUUGUGCAAGUAGUGCUCGAUGGACUAAGUAAUAUAUUAAAAAUGGCUGAAGAUGAGGCAGAAACCAUAGCCAAUCUUAUAGAAGAAUGUGGAGGACUGGAGAAAAUUGAACAACUGCAAAAUCAUGAAAAUGAAGACAUCUACAAGUUGGCCUAUGAGAUCAUUGAUCAGUUCUUCUCUACAGAUGAUAUUGAUGAAGAUGCUAGCCUUGUUCCAGAGGCAAUACAAGGUGGAACAUUUGGUUUCAAUUCAUCUGCCAAUGUACCAACAGAAGGGUUCCAGUUUUAGAAAGAUAAUAUGGAAGUUAGGUACAAUGCAGCACUGAGAUAUAUAUAUAUAUAUAUAUAUACAUAUAUAUAAAAAGGUUUGAUCCAUCAAGCUUGGCUCAUGGGAUCUACUGCUGCAUUAAAUCGGGAAAGAAAAUGUGAAGAUUUCAUUUGGAAUCACAGAAAAUGCCCAAAUGAGGUCAAGAUGGCGAGUGGGUGCGAGUGAGAAUGAGUGGCAAAGUGUAAUGAAAACUUUACAUGAAUGCUUAUUUAGGUUGAUGAAAGUGAAAAGGGCUACAGGUCACAGAUCUUCAGUGCCUGAGAAGAAACAUUCAAUGUUGACUUACUCUACAUCAAUUGAGGGAGAGUGCAGUAUUGUCAUCUUCAAGCCUUGUAAGCAUAAAAGAGAAUAGGAUGCCCAUAUAAGUCAAAGGAAAAUGAGCCCAGGCCUUGCUAUGAAGCAGUGUGUGAAUGGACAGUGUUGAGUGAAUGUCUGGCUCUGAGAGAGCCAGGUUCAUCUUUCAAAUCUAGGGCUCUUCACUCAUGAAGCAGACUCCUAGUCCUGGAGUGACUGUGUAUGAGAGUGUGGUUGUGGUGCUGGAUGUGAACGCAUGCAAGCUUGAUUCGCCUUCAGGGGGCUGAUAACAAACCUAGUAAAUCAUCAAAAUGAGAUCAUAAGUGUUAUGUACACUGGACAUGAAAACAAAAGACCGGUUUAGCAGCAGACAUUGGUUUACUCUGCAGCCUGUGUUUUCUAUUUCCCCUUUUCCCCCACCCCCUCCUUUUUUUUUUUUCUUUCUUUUUUUUUUUUUCCUUUUUUUUUCUUUAUUCUUACUCUUUUUUUUCUUUUUUUCUUUCUUUUUUUUUAGGUUUUUUUUUUUUUCUUUUAUUUUGGGGGAUUUUUUUUUUUUUUUUUUUUUUGUGGGUUUUUGUUUUGUUUUUUUAAUUUACCUAGUAUAGCUUUUUAGUUGCUUCUCAAGUCAGAAAACUUUUCAGGAAGGUUUCCCUGUGCAUUUGCACCAGAUGAAUGUUUGAUGCUAUGAAAAGCUUUCCAUAUCAUCGGAACUAAUUUGUGUAGAUUUUUGCAUGGAAAAAAAUCAAAUUUCCCUCAAAAUAGACUGUGUUGCAGUACACAUGUUGCCAUAAUAGUAUAAACAGUAAAAUGCGCUUUAAAAAGCCAUCCUUUUCAUUUUCAGAAAUAACAUAAAGAUCUUUGCAUGAGGUAAAUCUACAACAUAGUUUAUUUUUAGAUUUUGUUAAGUCCUGUAAAGAAGAAGAAAAAAGUUUCAGUUGUAGUAGAAUACCGUGCUGUGUUUAAAUGUUAUUUGUUUUCAAACUUUGUUUUCUAUGAAAAUGAUAUGGAAACUUCUAAAAUCGAAUUUGGUGCAUAUGUACUGCUGAAUAAAGACUGAUGAAGAGGUUUGAAUAGAUGUACAAAUCAAGUAAUGGUUUGAACACCUUUAAUAAUAUGCCUAAUCUGUUCAAUUGUUUUAGAAUCUUUUUAUCUUAGAUGUAGGCAGCCAUGAACAAUCUAUUUUGAGCCACUUUAGGGAGAAAACUUUGUAUUUUUAAAACUUGCAUAAGAGUUAUGCAAGUGGUUUUUAUAAAUUGGAAUAAUACCUCAGUUUUGAGGUUAUGCACACUAAAUUAAAUGUGACAUAAAUUAAUUUGUACAAAAAGAACUCUUUAUAAGGUGGCUCAUUGUAGGAAAUCCUGUGCCUUCCCCUUUGAGCACAAGUGUUGCAUGAACAACAGUUUGCUAUAAGAAACAUACCAGAUUAGCCACCAUUAGCAUCUAUAUCUACUUUGUGUUUAAGAAUCAACUGGUAAAUCUGAAACACUGUAGAAUGGAUAAAAAUUAUUUUGUGAUCAUAACUCUUUGUUGAACUAGAGUAUUUUUGCAGCAUUCCUUGUCAUCAGAAACAUGGUUAAAGUUUAAAACUAGAAGCAGCAGAAAACUAGCUUGUAAAAUUUAUCCAAGUAGAGUGCAGGCUAGGCUGUGUUGGGGAAAUAAACAUUAAACUUAAGCAAUGUUUUA